AAGUAUUAGUUAAUUUAAAGUCUUACAAAAAUUGUUAAAGUAAAUGUAUAAAUAAUUAAUACAUAUUAUAACUGCUACACAAAUUAAUCCAGCGUAACGUCAGCCGCCCAUAAGUUACACGCCGCUGCUUAGAGAAAAAUUAUAAUAAAAUCAAACAAAUAAUUAGUCCAAAUCCAUACACUUCCCUAUGAAUGCGUCAUUAUUACGACAAAUGUUAAAAUAUUUAACUAAAGCAAUUUCAAUUAGAGUAAAAUCAAUAAAAUUUAGCUAAUACAAGUUGUACGAAAUUCCACAAAGAAAUCGGAAACACUGAAAGUUCGCAAAUACAAAAGCGGUUACUUGGCUUGAACCGGUUACUUAAAUCAGAUAUCAUACAACAAAGCUGUAUAAAAGAAGUAUAAAGAACAAGCAUAUUAUAAUGAUUAAUUAGUAAAAACCGAUUACUUGAAAACCGGUUAACCACAUAGACACUGAUUACAAUAAAAUCUUUUAACGCGACGUGCAAUAAAUUUUACGCCUAAAAAAAUUUAAUUAAAAAAAAAAAAUGGAAAUACCGGUUACUCAGCACGCAUUUCACUGCAAUUCGUAAAAAGAGCAAUAAUUAAUAAGAAAAAUAAAUCAUGCUGCAAAUUAUCUAACAGCUUUCCUUAAUUGGCAAACAUUUGUGGAGUAAAAAGCUGCGGUUGCCUAACCCGAAUACUCAUCAAAAUUGAGUUACAAUUAAAUUAUUUAAAAAUAGCGCAGGAAAAAUCCAAACUUUCAUUAGCGGCCAAAUUAAUUAUUCGUAUUCAAAAAGGUACUCCAAUCUUAAAGCAAAAUCUAAUAAACUCGCUCUAACUGAACCGGUUACUCUGCGCCAUGCCGUGUCCGCGACAGAAAAUUUUCACGCGCUCGUAUGCGUUUACGCCGCCAACAACGAAUGGCAAACGCUGGUGAUUGCAGAGUCUGCGCAAGUAUUUGUGAUGCAAGAACGUGAAAUUACAGUUACUGUUGCAACAACAACAACUAUUCACUAAUCAAAGCUCCGCUCUCAAUAAGAAGCAAAAGAUAAAAAGUAAAGUAAUUUAAGUAUUAAAGCUAAAUUUGCGCGUUCGCGAGUGUUUGUGUUUUAUAUAAUUUAAUUAUUUUCGUUUAUCGUCAACUCAAUUCAAUUCUCUACGCAACUCAACUCAACUCAACGCCACUCAGUGCGACUCGACGUAAUCAAAGCACGAAGACGCUGACACGCGUUGACGUGCUCGUUGUGCCACUACCACCACUACCACCAAUUUUCAGGUUGUUUGUUGUGUACAUUGCUAUUGUGUUCGUACAACAACAACAGCCGGCAAAAUGACGAUGUGGCAGAGUGGCGGCAUGGGAGGCCAUGGCUCCCAAAAUAAUCCAUGGAUGAAAUUAAUGGGCAUCGUACACAAGGAGCGACGACAUGCGGACAAUGUACAAUCGCAGAGCGGCUCCAACGAACGGAAUCUAAAUCAGUCUUUACCCAAAUUAAGCAGUCAAGACGAAGAAGGGGGGGCAGGUCAUGGGUAUGGUGGGGGGCCACAACACUUUGAACCCAUUCCUCAUGAUCAUGAUUUUUGCGAGAGAGUCGUUAUAAAUGUAAGCGGGUUAAGGUUCGAAACACAAUUACGAACGUUAAAUCAAUUUCCGGACACACUGCUGGGGGAUCCAGCUCGGCGAUUACGGUACUUUGACCCGCUUAGAAAUGAAUAUUUUUUUGACCGUAGUCGGCCGAGCUUCGAUGCAAUUUUAUACUAUUAUCAAAGUGGUGGUCGACUGCGGAGACCGGUCAAUGUCCCUUUAGACGUAUUUAGUGAAGAAAUAAAAUUUUAUGAAUUAGGUGAUCAAGCAAUUAAUAAAUUCAGAGAGGAUGAAGGCUUUAUUAAAGAAGAAGAAAGACCAUUGCCGGAGAAUGAGAAUCAAAGAAAAGUCUGGUUACUUUUCGAGUACCCGGAGAGUUCGCAAGCCGCCAGAGUUGUAGCCAUAAUUAGUGUAUUUGUUAUAUUGCUAUCAAUUGUUAUAUUUUGUCUAGAAACAUUACCCGAAUUUAAGCAUUACAAGGUGUUCAAUACAACAACAAAUGGCACAAAAAUCGAGGAAGACGAGGUGCCUGACAUCACAGAUCCUUUCUUCCUUAUAGAAACGUUAUGUAUUAUUUGGUUUACAUUUGAACUCACAGUCAGGUUCCUCGCAUGUCCGAAUAAGUUACAUUUCUGCAGGGAUGUCAUGAAUGUUAUCGACAUAAUCGCCAUCAUUCCGUAUUUUAUAACAUUGGCGACCGUCGUCGCCGAAGAGGAGGAUACGUUAAAUCUUCCAAAAGCGCCAGUCAGUCCACAGGACAAGUCAUCGAAUCAGGCUAUGUCCUUGGCAAUAUUACGAGUGAUACGAUUAGUUCGAGUAUUUCGAAUAUUUAAGUUAUCUAGGCAUUCGAAGGGUUUACAAAUUUUAGGACGAACUCUGAAAGCCUCAAUGCGGGAAUUAGGUUUACUUAUAUUUUUCUUAUUUAUAGGCGUUGUACUCUUCUCAUCGGCGGUUUAUUUUGCGGAAGCUGGAAGCGAAAAUUCCUUCUUCAAGUCCAUACCCGAUGCAUUUUGGUGGGCUGUCGUUACCAUGACAACCGUUGGAUAUGGUGACAUGACACCCGUCGGUGUUUGGGGUAAAAUCGUGGGAUCACUGUGUGCCAUUGCUGGUGUCUUGACAAUCGCUCUCCCGGUACCAGUUAUCGUCAGUAAUUUCAAUUACUUCUAUCACCGCGAAACGGAUCAAGAGGAGAUGCAGAGCCAAAACUUUAAUCACGUUACUAGUUGUCCAUAUUUACCAGGUACAUUAGUAGGUCAACAUUUAAAGAAAUCAUCGUUAUCUGAAUCCUCAUCGGAUAUGAUGGAUUUGGAUGAUGGUGUUGAAUCAACGCCAGGAUUGAGUGAAAUGCAUCCUGGUCGUGCGGUGGCUCCAUUUUUAGGAGCACAACAACAAUUGAUGGAAAAGCAGCAACAGCAGCAGCAGCAGCAGUUACAACAGCAAGCGUCCAUGCAGCAGGCGUCGCCGCAGCAGUCGCAGCAUCAACAGCAGCAACAAACGCUGCAACUGCAGCAGCAGCAACAAAAUGGUUAUAAGCAAUCCGCAACAAGCGUCACUGGUGGCAAUAACCUAACGACUACAACAACAACGCUACGGCAUAACAAUGCCCUGGCCGUUAGUAUCGAAACCGACGUUUGACUACUGG